UUGGACCAUGCUGCUUCUGCCUCUGUUGCUCUCCUGUCUUUCUGGGCUGGCCUCUCCUGUGGAGGUGAAGAGGCCCAGAGGCGUCUCCCUAACAAAUCACCACUUCUAUGACGAAUCGAAGCCCUUCACUUGCCUGGAUGGCUCUGCGACGAUAGCCUUCGACAGGGUCAAUGACGACUACUGUGACUGCACAGAUGGCUCCGAUGAGCCCGGGACUGCCGCAUGCCCCAGCGGUCGCUUCCACUGCUCAAAUGCCGGCUACCGCCCUCAAUACAUUCCCUCUUCCCGUGUCAACGAUGGGAUUUGCGAUUGCUGUGAUACAACAGAUGAAUACAACAGUGGUGUGGUCUGUGAGAACACCUGCAAGGAGAUGGGCCGGAAGGAGCGGGAGGCGCUAAAGCAGAUGGCCGAAGUGGCCAGAGAAGGCUUUGAACUCAAGCAGACCCUCAUGGCCGAAGCCAGCAAGAGGAAGGAGGAGAAACAGCGAGAGCUGUCUGAGCUGCAGGACGGGAAGAAGUCUGUGGAGGAGAAAGUGGAGGCUCUGAGAACGCUGAAGGAGGCGGCCGAGAAGCCUGAGAAGGAAGCCAAGGAUGCCCAUAUGAAGGCCUGGGAGGCCCAGAAAAUGGCUGAACAAGCCGUGAAGGACCAGGCCAGAGCGGAAGAGGCCUUCCAGGAGCUCGACGGUGAUGCAGAUGGCCUUGUGUCGGUCGCCGAGCUUCAGGCACGGGCAGAACUAGACGUGGACGGCGACGGGAUCCUGACAGAACCUGAGGCCCAGGGCUUGCUGGGCGACUCCUCGCAGGUGGACCUGGCCCAGUUCCAGAGCACCGUCUGGGCAGCCAUCAAGGAGAAGUACAAAGGAGAGAGUUUGGCUGACGCCCAGCCUCUGCCAAAGACCCCCAUGGAAGAGGACCCGGUCCCCCAGCCUGACCCUCACCUGGACCAGCUGUCCGCGGAAGAUGACUAUGAUGACGAAGACGAGGGAGAGGGAGAGGAGGAAGCGGAUGAAGACGGCAUGGAUGAGGAGGCAAAGGUUCCUCCAACGGCGCCAUCAUCCGAUGACAAGGCGGUGGAGGAUGAGUCGGAGAAGAUGCCCCCUUUUGACGAUGCCACGCAAGCUCUCAUUGACGCUGCCCAGAAGGCCCGGGAGCAGUUUGAAGAGGCAGAGAAAUCCCUGAAGGAGACGGAGGAAUCGAUCAGGAGCCUGGAGAAAGAGAUCUCCUUUGACUUUGGGCCCCACGGGGAGUUUUCCUACCUCUACAACCAGUGCUACGAGCUCACCACGAAUGAGUACAUUUAUCGCCUCUGUCCCUUCAGCAGAGUGUCCCAGAAGCCCAAGCACGGCGGCUCAGAGACCAGUUUGGGGACGUGGGGGUCUUGGGCUGGGCCAGAGGACGACAAAUUCAGCGUCAUGAAGUACGAGCACGGGACAGGCUGCUGGCAGGGCCCCAACCGCUCCACUACGGUGAAACUCUCCUGUGGCAAGGAGACGUUGGUCACGACCACCACCGAGCCCAGCCGUUGCGAAUACCUGAUGGAGUUCGUCACCCCAGCCGCCUGCCACGAGCCCAAGGAGGUCAUCCACGACGAAUUCUGAGGCGGAUCGACGCAGGAGCCGCCGUUGACUCAGAGGCCGAGCUCUCGUCCACCUCCUUGCCGGGAGCGUCAGAGGGCCACCGGCGCCCUCACUGUCCCAGGGUCCCCCCCUCCACGGGGAUCCCGCAGUCUCCUCUCCGUGGUCAGCAACACUCUCUCUCUCCAAACGGACCCACGGCCGUCUUUUGUCCUGUCAGGUCCUGGGACUUGUGUUUGUUUUACCUCGCCCCCCUCCCCCGUGCCACCAGAGCUCCUGGGCACAGCUGGCCCGGAUCCUGCGCUGCAGAUGGGACCACCCAGUCGCCUGGGCCUUUUGUUUCCGUCCUUGUCUUUCCUUUUGGGGGAGGAGGGGUGUGGAGACUGCUGGGACCCCUGCUCUGUCCGGGGGGGGGGGCUUCCGCCCACUGCCCUGGUUCUGAGCCACAUUGCCACUGGGGGGUGGCCGCUGCCGGCACUCCCCACCCCCAUCCCCGGUUCUUCUCCACUCUGUGGUGUUGUUCGGGAUGGAUCGAGACAUUCCCUUCCAAUAAAGAGGCGU